AACGCUACAAAAAGCAAAGACGGCGAUCAUUUUCUAACGACGGGUGAAAGUUCAAGGUAUUAACGGGACGGGACACUAACACAAUGACGACCACCGAUUUAAGGAAAAGAAAGUUGGCAACUGAUGAUAAACCGGCAGCGGGGAAUCGCCGUAAAGGCAGCAGCGGAAGCGGAAGUGGUGUCACCGGAGGACGAGGACCCAGCGGCCUGAAGUUGUCAUUUCUAUGUCUAGUUGUGUCCGUGGUGCUCCUACUUUUUGUAUUUGGUGUGUAUCAUUUGUAUAAAAUUAAGCAUAAAAGCGAACCUGAUCCUUCACAUCAGCCGAUACUAACGAAACCUUCCACUUUUCACCCUGUUUCAAUGCCCUAUCAUCAUGACUCCCUUCAUGUGAAUGUGAUGCCGUCCAAACCGAAACCGACACCGGAACAUUCACUACAUGUUGACAACGAAUACGAUCCGACCACUGCAGGUAUCUCGGAGAAUGCCAGUCCCUAUUUGGCUCGUCUGGCAACUAAGCUAGGAUAUAGUAAGGUUCAAUAUGCUGCCAUAAUUGACGCUGGCUCAACGGGUUCGCGUGUCCUGGCGUAUAAGUUUAAUCGUAGUUUCCUAGAUAAUAAGUUAGUGUUGUACGAGGAACUUUUUAAGGAACGCAAGCCAGGCCUCAGCUCAUUUGCCGAUAACCCCUCUGAGGGAGCACACUCUAUUAAAUUGCUACUCGAUGAGGCUCGUGCUUUCAUACCCAAGGAGCACUGGUCGUCCACACCAUUGGUAUUGAAGGCAACAGCAGGACUGCGGCUUCUUCCGGCUAGUAAAGCGGAGAAUUUACUGAAUGCUGUUCGUGAUUUAUUUGCCAAAUCUGAAUUCAGUGUCGAUAUGGAUGCUGUAGAGAUUAUGGAUGGGACAGAUGAAGGCAUUUUCAGUUGGUUCACCGUGAACUUCCUAUUGGGCCGCUUGUCGAAGACCAAUCAGGCAGCUGCCUUGGAUCUCGGUGGCGGCAGCACCCAAGUGACCUUCUCUCCGACUGAUCCUGACCAGGUCCCAGUAUACGACAAAUUCAUGCACGAAGUUGUAACUUCUAGCAAAAAGAUCAAUGUUUUCACCCAUAGCUACUUGGGUUUGGGAUUGAUGGCGGCCCGCCAUGCUGUGUUCACCCAUGGCUAUGGAAAGGACGACACAAUCAUUGAGAGUGCGUGUGUGAAUCCCAUUAUAGCAAACCGCACUUGGACGUACGGCAAUGUUCAGUAUAAGGUUAGUGGUAAGGGAGAAGCAGCGGACAUUAAAUCAAGUGCUGAGCAACCCGUGGUGGACUUUGAGGCUUGCCUGGAACUAGUCAAGAGUAAGGUGAUGCCAUUGGUAAAGCCAAAGCCGUUCACUCUCAAGCAGCACACAGUGGCUGCAUUCAGCUACUACUUUGAGCGGGCAAUAGAGUCGGGACUCGUUGAUCCGUUGGCGGGCGGUGAAACUACCGUCGAGGCAUAUCGCAAAAAGGCGCAAGAGAUUUGCGCCAUACCUAAUGAUGAGCAGCCCUUUAUGUGCUUUGACUUAACUUUUAUAUCUACUCUAUUGCGCGAAGGAUUCGGUCUGAACGAAGGAAAAAAGAUUAAGCUUUACAAAAAAAUUGAUGGACAUGAAAUCUCUUGGGCUCUUGGCUGUGCGUACAAUGUUCUGACUAGCGAUGAGAAAUUUAAUAAUUCCUAAAUAAGAAGCUGAAAUAACAGAAUUAGCGUAGAUAAAUGUGCCUUAAAAGUGCAUCGAACAUUUAGAAAUAUCUUAUAUGUGUGGCAGGAAAUCUGUAAACUUGACACGUUUAGUUUGAGUAAUUGAAUUCCAACCUUUGUGUGAUUUGUAUGUAACUAUAUGUUCUGACAUUGACUUUGCUGUAAUUGUAUUUAAUUCCUUUUGUAUAUAUAUUAUAAAAACUUAAAGGCAAUAUUUAUGUAAUUCACUUAGUUUAAUUAUUUUUCGCACAGAUAAUAAAAAUGUUAAACGAAAUGUAUCAAUCA